CUGUUCUACUGAACGAUAUGAGAAAUUCGGAAACAUUUGGAACCGAUCGUAAUCAUUAUCAGUGUAACAAGGAUUCUUUGUAUUGAGAUUGAUUUAUUUAUCUCUAAUAAUAACAAAUAAAAAUUCAUGAUUUCCUCUGCUCACAUUCACACCUACGAGAAUUGUGAACUUACCUUCAUGGUAGAACUGUGUGUAUCCAGUUUCCUAGUUCGAGUAACAGUGCCAUAACAAAUUUAUGGUACUGGAGGUAAUAAAAUUUGCAAAUAAGCAAUCCCUAGUUUGUUUAAAAAUAAACCUAAACUUUUAAUAUGGGCUCUGGACAAAGUGCUCGUAAGAUAACUAUUAAUAAUGAAGAAAUAGGUGUUAUUGGAAUUUCCGAAUCGGUUGUGGACAGAUUAGUUCAAAAAGUGAACGAGAGUCCUGCAACAAGUAAAGUAAGAUCUUCUACUUUAACAGAAUCACCUUCUACGACAGCUGUAUCGCCACAAUUCUAUCAAAGUGGUGAUACGCCGGUGAAUUCUGAAUCUGUUACGUGUCAACAUUUAACAAUGAGCGCUCUUAAAAUGCAGCAGCAGAAAGAGCAAGAGCUUCGUAAUUUAGAUAAUUAUUGGCGUCAACGCUUAUGGAAUUUAGAACAAACUCACGCAAAACUUAAUGAUAUCCUUAAAACGGAAUAUCAGAAAGCGACAGAGGAAAUAUACAUCAAUGCCAAGAAGGGUAUAAGCAUUGAAGAUGCUGUGCAGCCAUGUAAAGGCACCUCUGAUAAAGUACUCGCGUGCUACCAAGAAAAUCCAAAGGAAAUCCUCAAGUGUUCCAGUUUAGUUGACGAAUUUUCUAAUUGCGUGGAUAAACGCCGCGCACAAGUUAUCGCUGAACAAUGUUAACAUAUUUUCAUAAUUCAGUCAUCAUAGUUCUAUUAAGCUCCUGUGUUAUUGAUAAAAUAAAUUUUUAGUCUUUGAAAAUAAAUUACGUAGUACAUAACAAAA